AUGAUUCUAAAAAGAGCACUGAAACAGGUAAUCGUAGGAGCAGUGGCGCUAGCCUAUCUCCAGAAGGCCAAAGCAGAAGUAGACAGAGACAUUUUAAAGAUAAGAGACUAUUGGACUGAUAAGACAAACUAUCAUAUGGAAAGAGAGAUCAAAAUUCGUGUUAAUAUUCUUAAUGAGGUAAAGACUCUGGAAUGCAAAGAAAUACAGCCUUGUGUUUUUAAUAAAUACAUAGAGGAGGGAGAAGCAAAUCUAGAGAACUUAAAAACACAUCUGGUAACUUUUGAAAGUAGUGCAGACACUAUAGUAGAAAAAGCAAUAAACAUAAUACGCGAACAAAUGAUUGCUGAAAAGAGGGGAACUGUUGCUGACACACAGGAUUUGCGCGAUGAAUUAAUGAAGAUGCUUCCGUCUGCUCUUGAUAAAACCGAUUUGCUGUAUGGCGCAAUAAAAAAGUUUGACUCGCAUAUGCUGGAGGUGAUAGAAAGGUACAGCAAGGCAAAGAACAGGGACAGAAAGAUACACAAUCUCACCCUGUUUAAGCUGGCGAAGAAGAACAAGUUCUUGGCUGUGGGCAUAGUCUACGCUCUUUUCAACAUCGAAGGGCCGACUUUUAAAAGGCCUAGCAUGAAAGACGAGGUGGAUAAUAUGCUUAGAGCAAUAAACAACUAUCUUUCUUUUGUGGAUUACUCAGAUUAUGAAAAAGCUAUAAGAGAUGAUAUAGACAAAGGCGAAAUGGAUCUGUUGAAGUUAGCUGAUAGACACCUUGCGAUUUUGUUUGAGCCGUAUGGGAACACUUCAGGCGGAAUAAGCAUCUAUCUUGAUCUGGUGAAAGAAAACAUGACCAAAAAAGACAUAAGAAAACACAAUCAAAUCACGCGAGGACAGGUUGUAAAGGUGAUAAUGAUCGAAUGCGCAAUGGACGGAUACCUCAUGGACUACAGAAACAACACCGUCUUCUCUAACCUUGGACAGAUAAUCAUGAGCAUAGGCAAGGCAGAUGACGACAGCACAGAUGCCCAAAAAGACCUCAGACUGGAAAGAGAAAGACAGGACAGAAUACUCAGUGGUUUGUACGUUCUGUGGAGCGAGUGGGAAAACUUCAAGCUAGAGCUACGGAAUAGAAAUAUUAGACAGCUCUGCAGACAGAAUGAUAUCAACAUUGAUUACUUUAAAGAAAUCCAGAAUGUCUUUACAUCUGCUAGGUGGAUGUACGAUCUCGAUAUACUCACCCCAACAGCAGAGGAGAUUGAUGAUGAUCAGAGCCUGCUCAAAAAAGUGCGCUUUGACAUGUCGUACACCCAUCCCAUGUGCUACAUCUACCAGCGGUGCGAAGACAUGAGCCAAGUGGCUGAUGCAGAUCUUGGGUCUGAUGAAAAGCCUUUUGCAGAAAAAGAUUCGGAUAGCAUCACUCUCAGACUGCACAAAAUAGGCAAAAAUGACAGCAGCGCAGUGCAGACAGAGAAUAUGAAAAACUGCAUCAGAGCAUGGUACUCGAAGAUGGUUAAACUUAUCAGAAGAAAAGAAGAUGGCCUUGAGUACUACUAUAUAGCCAAUGACUUUGAGAGACACUUAGAAAGGUCACAGUAUGUGAACGAAGUGCAGAUGGAAACUGAACAAGAAUAUGGAGCCAUUGAACAAAAUCCAUUCCCGCUGCAGGACAACCAGAUGAAGGCUGAAGAGGAGAAUAUGGAGCUGGUUUUUUCAACGCAUUAG